GCUGGAGGGACAAAGCAUUAUCUUCUUGGCUUAAGACUGCAUUGUAAGAUCUAUUCAAUUCUUCCAUCCCAGCCAUGCUCUGAAAAAAAAAACCCGAAAAUAUUUCUCCUAUCAUUUGGGUGAUUUGCUAAAAGUGAUUUCCUGAUGGCUCUUGUAAUGGAACCUAUCAGCAAGUGGUGCCCGAAACAAGUGGUAGAUUGGAUGAAAGGACUGGAUGAUUGCCUGCAGCAGUACAUCAAAAACUUUGAGAGAGAAAAAAUUAAUGGAGAACAGCUUUUACACAUUACACAUCAGGAACUGGAAGAGUUGGGGAUCACCCGAAUAGGGCACCAGGAACUCAUUUUGGAAGCAGUGGAUCUGUUAUGUGCUUUGAAUUAUGGAUUGGAGACGGAAAACCUGCGGACUCUCUCUCACAAGCUUAAUGCCUCAGCCAAAAAUCUUCAGAAUUUUAUAACUGGGAGACGAAGAAGUGGACAUUACGAUGGGAGGGCCUCUAGGCGAUUGCCGAACGACUUUCUUACCUCAGUGGUGGAUCUGAUUGGUGCAGCCAAGAACCUACUAGCUUGGUUGGACAGGUCUCCUUUUGUCAGUGUGACAGAAUAUUCACUGCUGAAAAAUAACAUUGUCCAACUGUGCCUGGAACUAACCACUAUUGUGCAACAGGAUUGCACAGUGUAUGAAACGGAAAACAAAAUUCUUCAUGUGUGUAAAACCUUAUCUGGAAUUUGUGAUCACAUCAUUUCACUCUCAUCAGACUCCUUGGUAUCACAGUCUGCUCAUCUGGAGGUUGUGCACCUCACCAACAUCAUGCCAAGUGAAGGACUGGGAAUGUACAUCAAAUCUACUUAUGAUGGACUACACGUGAUCACGGGAACAACAGAAAAUUCUCCUGCCGACCAGUGCAAGAAGAUUCAUGCAGGCGAUGAGGUUAUUCAAGUCAACCAUCAAACUGUUGUUGGCUGGCAGCUGAAGAACCUGGUAAAUGCUUUACGAGAAGAUCCCAGUGGUGUAAUUCUAACGUUAAAGAAAAGACCUCAGAACACUCUGGCUUCUGCUCCGGCACUUCUCAAAAAUGUGCGGUGGAAACCUCUAGCACUGCAGCCUGUCAUUCCCACCAGUCCAACAAGUGGUAAUACAACUCCCACUGGUACGAUUGGAAUGUCGGGCAAGGUAGAUGGGUCUGGCCUUCACGAUGUCUUCAUUCUUUCUCCUGUCUCAGGAAUUUAUGGGCCAAGGGAUGAAAUUGGGAUUGUAUCAUGCGACGACAUUAACAAGUACGGAGUUGGGAAGUCGGGGAUGAAAGGUUCCGAAUCUCCCAGCUAUUUCUUAGAACACGAGAGUGGCAAAUAUUACACUUUAAUUGAAGGUGAGGGACAUCAAGUUGGCACAGAAUAUGAAAGAGGUAGAUCUACAGGGGUGCGGAGACGAGAAAAGACACCAACGCACGGUGAUCUAAGACCAGUUUCCAUGCCGACAGAAUACAGCUGGAUAGGGGAAUCCAAGGAACCAAAUAUGUAUAAGAGAGGGAGUAGAGGUGAAAAUUCUCUCUUGCGCUACCUGAGUGAUGAUAAAAUCCUUGUGAUACAAGAGGAGCCGGUAACGCAGAAGGACAACAAAAGAGAUACCGGUCGCAGGUCUAGGAAAAAAAGUAAAAAUCCAGGCAGUCCAAGUUAUCCCAUUAGCCCAUCAAUGUUAACCACCUCCGGGAGACUGGAUCCUGCUCAACAAGAUGCCUUGACAUUUUCAUUGGCCGAAAGCAACACAGUUCCACUAUACCAUAGAGCCGGAGAUACACUCGGGGGAGACUCUGAAAGGUACACAACUUCUGCUGUUGAGCGACAAGGAACCACUUCAAUGAGGAAGUCUUUCCAUUACGCAUCAUUGAGAGUAAAAACCAAAAAACGAUCGAAAGGAAGCUCACUUACGAGUGGAAGUAGGAGACGGAUUUCAUGCAAAGACCUGGGGCACGGCGACUGUGAAGGGUGGUUGUGGAAAAAGAAAGACGCCAAAGGUUAUUUCACGCAGAAAUGGAAAAAGUAUUGGUUCAUUUUAAAGGACUCCUCACUUUAUUGGUACACCAACCAAAAUGAUGAAAAGGCAGAGGGUUUCAUUAGUUUACCUGAAUUCAGGAUAGAUCGUGCUAUUGAGUGCAGAAGGAAACAUGCCUUCAAAGCUUGUCAUCCAAAAAUUAAGAGCUUCUUCUUUGCCACAGACUGUCUUGAAGAAAUGAAUAGGUGGAUGAAUCGUCUAGGCCUUGCUGCUAUUGGGUAUACACCAGACGAAAAGGAUAUCAGACCUAACGAAGAUUACUGGAGUGAAAGUGACCAGGAUGACAUUGAUGGUUCCAUGACGUUGAAACAGGAAGUUCCUUCAACAGUGAGUGACACCUAUCAACGCACAUCAUCUGUCAAUUCAUCGAGUCCGUUUCCUGAACAGAAGCAUGGGCGCCAUUUUUCCAGUGAAUCAACCUACUCCCAUUCUUCUGCAGAAGAUUCUAGGCAGGAUGCUACAGGAAGUACGCACUCAUCAGGGUGCAGGCCCACGUACAGGGAAAGACGUUCAUGGCAAGAUCUAAUUGAAACUCCUUUAACCAGCUCAGGACUUCACUUCCUGCAGACUGUUCCUCCCGAUCCAGAAUAUGUGGCUGGCCGACCUGGAAUGUCCCCAGAAAGAAGGAGACAAGCCACACUACCAGUCCAAAGACGCCAUAACCAUGAGAAAGAUGGACCUUUUCCUCUCGCAGAAUGUCCUCGGGGGCACACUUCACAUGCCAGGACACAGAAGCAACGAAGCCAAAGUUUGCCAAGGAACAGGGAUGUUAAAGGAAAAUGUCGUGGGAAGCCAGAUGGACUACUAGAAGAAAAAUCUGAAGAUGAGAUGCUUAAAAGAAAGCAUAGCAGUUCCAGUAAGGAAGAAAACAAGAAAGAAAACCGAUCGAGCACUGAUGGGCUGCAAGAAUUGUAUCGUACACUGGAACAAGCAAGUCUAUCGGCUCUUGGGGAGCAGCGGCCUUCAACCAAGCAGGAAUUCAGGAGGUCUUUCAUUAAGAGGUGCAACGACCCGGUUCUAAAUGAAAAGCUCCACCGCAUUAGAGUAUUAAAAAGCACUUUAAAAGCAAAAGAAGGGGAUCUUGCAGCCAUCGACACUCUUCUAGAUGACCCGAAUUUAACGUCAAAAAAGUUUAAAGAAUGGAAGCAAAAAAACUUUGAGUUUUUCAUGGACAUUUGUGAGUACAGCGGAACCUUGAAACCUCAGAAUGGUGCCUCGGAACUGGCAGCACCAGCUCCCAUGCUAUCACAUACCCAUUCGUUUAUUGAAACACAUGUCUGACACACAGUGGCACCAUGAACAAUGCAAUUGCUAGGUGCCAUGGGAAAGUCAAUCCAACGAAACACUGUAAUCUUUGUCAAUAAUGUUAUAUAUAUGGAUUGUAAAUACAUUGGAUAAGAGAAUUGAGCCACAGGAUGCCUAUGACAUUGCAUGAACAAGUCAGUAUUAUUAUGAUUUACAAAAUUAUUGUUGUUUUUCUUUUGUUCUAUGUAUCAAAAUCUGCAUUUCACAGAAAGAAAAAACAAAACAUUUCCUCGCUGAAAUAUUACAAAGACCCAAUGCUUCAAUUCAAGAAGCAUUCCACUGCUACACAAAUAGCAAACUAUUUUAUAUAUUUAGAAAUGCGUCUAUGUAUAUAAAAUCAAAAGACUUGCUUUUUACAAUCUUUGUUUUCUGCUAUUGUUUUUAUUCCUGUGAUUCUUUGCAAGCCAGCAGCUCGCAGAGAACUAUAGAAAUUUCGUACAAUUGCUGAAAGGUGCUGAUGGGCACAGUAGAAGUAGACAAUAGUUUAUUAAAACAAAAGAAAAAAUACAAAAUUAAGAUUUCAUUUUCUUUUCAUGCAUAUAUACUGUAGCAUAUAGGAUCCUAUUUCGUGACAUUAAUUAAUUUGUAAGAUUUUUCACCUCUACAUAUAGAGAUAGGUUUCAGACAUAAAGAAUUGGUUCAGCCCCUUAGUGCCUUAAGAUUAAUAUUGUGCAUCCUGCAGACCGAGGCUUUGUAGUGAUAUGAGCUAGCGGGACAUGCAUCAGUGGGCAAGAAGGUCUUUGAACUAGUUAUAACCUGUUUGUGGGAUGACCCAUAAUUAAAGGGGAAGUAUCAUUCAGUGCCAGUUAUCAUCUUUUGGUUUAAACAUAUUAGUCCCGGACUUACAAAUUCCCAAGCCAAAAUCACUUUUCCAUACACU